CAAGCUCAACUGUUGGCAAUUUCGCUUUGGUUAUUAAAGGAAAUCUCACUUGUGCGUGGUCGCUUUUGGUUUCAGAGGAUUGGACACUGAUAUCGUCCACUAAAUGACCAUCACUUACUAGAAUGUAGUUGAUUCGUGGUAUUUUCGCAUCUGAUUCCUGUCACAUGUUCUUCCGAAUUUUCUCCAUGAUUAGCCUUUAAACACGAAAAUUUGUAGGUCUGUUGAUUAUAAUGACUUGGCGCAGAUUCAAUUGCAAACCUUGAGCUUGCUGAAUUAGCUCGGCAGUAUUUUAUGUUUGGGCUCCGUUUGCGAUUUUGUCGCAGUUUAGGUGUAUUAAUGAGUUCCAAAUAUCACGAAAACUCAAUAUUGAAUAAUGCACAUGUGCACCAUCAGAGUGCUAAGUACGAACAAAUUGUACACCAUGAUUUCAAACUAACUGGUCUUGCACCCACAUUGGGCACAUUUGGAAGUGAUCAGGCUGCCACUGACUACAUAGAAUGUGUUAGUCUCAAGAGACUGGAUAUGUUCAAGUCAGAUUUUGACAAGUAUGAUUGGUUGAUGCACCUAUUUGAUACGAAUAAAACAAUGUUUUUCCGACUUUUGGCAAAGCAUGCAGAUAAAAUGAUGCCUCUUGUCUACACUCCAACUGUUGGUCUGGCAUGUGAGAACCUUGGUUUGGUAUAUAACAGUGGGAGGGGACUUUUCAUUACUAUUAAGGAUAAAGGAAAUAUAGCUACUUUAUUGAGGAAUUGGCCAAACAAAGAUAUACGAGCUAUCUGUGUAACUGAUGGUGAACGCAUUCUUGGACUAGGUGAUCAGGGUGCCUUUGGAAUGGGGAUACCGGUUGGUAAACUAGCACUGUAUACUGGUCUGGCAGGAAUUCCUCCGCAGCACUUACUUCCAGUUUGUUUAGAUGUUGGAACAAAUAAUGAGAAGCACCUUAGUGACCCAAUAUAUUUUGGAUUAAAACAGAAACGAGUCACAGGAGAUGAAUAUGAUGAGUUUAUUGAUGAAUUUAUGACAGCGUGUGUUGAUGUAUUUAAUCGACAAGUCCUUAUUCAGUUUGAAGAUUUUGCAAAUCACAAUGCUUUCCGACUUUUACAAAAAUAUGCUCCUCACUAUUGCACUUUCAACGAUGAUAUACAAGGUACAGCAUCCGUUGUUUUAGCUGCUUUGCUUGCUUCAUUGAAAGUAACUGGACGAAAGCUGACUGAAGAGAAAAUUGUUUGUUAUGGUGCUGGUGAAGCAAAUCUUGGAUUCGCUCAUCUAGUUUGUUUAGCAUUGAAUAAAACCUAUGGUUUGACAAUAGAAGAAGCACGCAAAAAUAUCUAUCUUAUUGAUAGCAAGGGUUUAGUGGUUGAUGGCCGUAAGAGUGGUGGUAUCAACAGUCAAAAAUUGGAAUUUGCGCGUCCUCCUGGAACACCGGAGUUGACGUCACUGGAAGAAAUUAUCACAUUUUCAAAGUGUACAUCAUUAAUUGGUGCAGCUGCUAUACCAAACGUAUUCAAUGAACGUAUUUUAAAUUUAAUGGCUGAAAUGAAUGAGAAACCAGUUAUUAUGGCUUUGAGUAAUCCAACAACGAAAGCUGAAUGUACAGCUGAAGAAGCUUAUCGUCAUACACAUGGUCGAUGCGUGUUUGCCAGUGGUAGUCCAUUCCUACCGCUUACUAUGACACCACAACAAUGUCCAGAAUUAAAGGAGUCGAUAUCACGUUGUCCAGGACAAGCAAACAAUUCUUACAUAUUUCCAGGUGUUGCCUUAGCAAUUGUUAGUGGACAAAUAUUUCCUGUUACUAAUGAAGAUUUCUUAGUUGCAUCUGAGACACUUGCAAAUUUAGUUACUGAGUCUGAUUAUUCAGUUGGACGAUUAUUCCCUCCACUAAGUGAUAUUAAGCGUGUUUCUUCGGAAAUGGCUAUGAAGAUUGUUAAAAAUGCAAGCAGUCAAGGUCGUUGUCGUGUUUUGAAGUUAAACACUAUCAUGGAUAAUUCAACAAUUGAAGAAUUAAUAUCAAACUUUUCAUAUUAUCCACAAAUAGAAUAAAUCUAUUCGCAUAAUAUUAUAAUUCUUUUGGUUGUGAACUAAUUCGUUUUAAAUAGAUAACUGAUUACUUAAAUGAUAAGAAAAAUACAUGAACUUUCGUAUUUGGAUUUACAUUUUCAAUAUACUUGUCGAAUAAUUUUCUCUUUCAAUAGAUCGGAUAUUUUUAAAAUAAAAUAUACUAAUUAGAUUUGUUUACAGCCGGAGAUCGGCAGUAGGAAGAGGUUUUAUCAUCUUUUUGUGGAUUUUAAUGUAACCUCCAGGUUUCCUCAUCAGUUAUCUUUAAUUGUCAGUGUAUUACUGUAAUCAGCAUUUGACUUGUAUCACUUUGACUAAAUGAUCAAACGUGGCAUUAAUGAAAUUAUCCUGACUGUUGGUAUACACUAUAUAGGGAAGUAGAAACGUUACGAUUUUCAAAAUUGAUUAGUGGAGAAUUAGAUUAACAACCAAUCAAAAUGUAUUUUAUGUGUUAUCACGUCUAUAAUUAGACAAACAGAAGGUGGAUUAACCAAUCGAUAGGGUUAGCUUUGUUUUAGUCUUCAGUCUUUCA